AGUUACAUGUUCAAACCUUUGGGAACUUUAGUGUCCAGUUACAUCAUAUUGAUAUUCAGAAUUCCUUCUUAAAGUGUCCAGAAAGCAAUAUCUGGGGAAAAGCAACUAAUUUAAAGUCUCUUCAUUCUUGCAGCAUCUCUUUUCUUACUAUUUUGCAUCUAUUCGUUGCUUUGCACCCAUGACAGGUACCAAAUUCUUGCUUGUACAUGUAACUAUGGUUUGCAAAAGCUGGGAAUGCAAGCUUUAAGUUAAAGGAGAUAUAUCCCAGAAUUCACUUCCAUAUAUUAACUUGUAAUGCAUCCCAUACCUUUUCCUUUGCAUGCUGCAACAAUAAUAUGCAGCAACUCCUAUUUUAUGAUACCUUACCCAAAAUCUACUGCAGAAUUCUUUUCUCAGAAGAGUCUUUUCGCUUUUCAUUUUAAGAGAUUUUUUCAAAGAUAUCCACAUUUACCUUUUCCUCUUACAAAACAGUUUAUUCAAGGGUUCAUCGAGAGAACUAGUUUCCACAGUUGAGGGAAAUUAAGAUGACAAUGCUUAAAAAAAUGUCUGAAAAAGUCUUAAAUUUAUGGAACAAUUGGGAGAUUCAAGGAAUGGUUUUGCUUAGUCUCUUACUACAAACCAUCCUCAUCAUAUUUGGGUCUCGGCGAAAGACCACUCGCAGAAUCUGGAUCAGGAUUCUCGUUUGGUCUGCAUACCUAUCAGCAGACACAGUGGCAACUUUUGCACUGGGUUAUCUAGCCAGGAACCAAGGAGAUUCAUCAGGUGACAGUUCAGAGAAAGCAAACAAUUCCAUCCAGGCAUUUUGGGCACCUUUUCUACUCCUGCACCUUGGUGGCCCAGACACAAUCACUUCAUACUCGAUUUUAGAUAACGAGUUGUGGUUAAGGCAUUUACUCGGUCUUGGAGUCCAAGUUGGAGUGGUUUUUUAUGUCUUCUCAAGGUCUUGGGCUAGCGGUAUCCUCACAUUCAUAGCAGUCCCAAUGUUCAUUGUUGGCAUUGUAAAGUACGCAGAGAGGACUUGGGUGCUCUGGUCUUCAAGCUCUGAGGUCUUGAAAAAGUCUAUUCUCUCAAAGUUUCGGCCUUUUUAUCCAUUAAUGGCAUUAACAAAAACACGUGAUCAAGCUCUCGAGGGAAAUUAUCUUCUUCAAGCUUAUACUUUUUUGGAUAUAUCCAUGUUUAUGAUGCAGGAUCUUGUCCCUGGCAUUCCUGCACUAAUAAGAAGCCGGAGGCUGAUUUCCAAAUAUUCAGCUGGCGAUGCCUUCAAGGUGGUAGAGGUUGAGCUUGGAUUAAUAUAUGAUAUGCUUUAUACUAAAGCGCCUCUGAUUUACUCCCGUGCCGGAAUCAUUCUUCGCUUUCUCAGCUCUCUGCUCUCUGUUACUGCGUUUAUUACCUUCCAAGUCAAGAUUGACAAACAUGCCUACUCAACGACUGACAUUACAAUUACGUAUUUAUUGUUUGCGGCCGCUGUUUUUCUCGAGUUUUAUACUUUUUUAUGCCUUGUUUUGUCUGACUGGACAAUGAUUUGGUUGAUUGAUGAAGGACGGAACGCCCUGACUAGUGCAAUUUAUUCUCAGCUAAGGAAGUUAACUAGAAGCGAGAGGUGGUCGAGAUCCAUAUCACAGUAUAACCUGAUAAGCUCUUCCAUUGAAAGCAAGCCACAUAAAUGUUUGGAAUUUCUGGGAAUCAAUGAAAAGAUGAGGCAGAUGUUUGUGCAUCGAGUAGAUAUGAAUGGUGAUCUACAAGGUCUUAUUUUCGGACAUCUUCAAAAGAAAGCUGAGAAGAUGGAGGAAGAUUUUAAUUUCAUUGACAAGAAUCACAGAAGUAAAAUAAUUGGUCAGAGGGGAGAUGGUGUGCUAGAAAGAGAGGGAAUGUUACGGGACUACAAGUGGUGCACGAUUGAAGUAGAAUUCAGUCGAAGCAUUCUUGUCUGGCAUCUCGCAACAGAUAUUUGUUAUCGUGCUGAUAUGAAAGAAGAUGGAAGUAAUGUCUCCUCAGAGUAUGAAGCAAGCAGAUGCCUAUCUGAAUACAUGAUGUAUCUUUUGGUGAUAAGACCAAAUAUGCUCUCUAAAGGAUUCGGUGAUGAGGGAUAUCUAGAAACCUUGCGAGACUUGCGGGGUCUAAAAUAUCGUGGUACUGGUGCUGCUGUUGAUUUAAUUAAGCGCUACAGUGAAUUAUGUGGUUAUGAUGAUAGGCAGUUUCAAAGUGUCUGGAAAACAGAAAAGUCAGUGUUAAGUGGUGUGGAUAGGCUCGCCAGGCAAUUGCUUUUAUUGAGACCUGAGAAGCGAUGGGAGAUGAUAGAUGAAGUUUGGAUAGAAAUGGUUGCAUAUGCAGCAGCUCAUUGUCCAUGGAAAGAACAUACUCAACAAUUAAGAAGAGGUGGAGAGUUGCUCACCCAUGUCUGCUUUCUUAUGCUAUAUCUUGGUUUGAGUGAACAAUAUGAAAUUAAAGAAUUUGACAACCAAGACAUUAUUGGGAGUUGGGAAUUGACACGGGAGGAGCGAGAAGAAUAUCUCCAGGCUAGAAACAAAUAUUUGAAAGUUACUCCACGCAUGUCAGGAUCAAGUCCCGGUGAGGUAUUGAAAGUACUUGAAAAGAUUGUAGCAGAUAAAGAGCGAGAGCUUGAGCGUGAAAAGCGAGAGCUUGAGCAAUUGAGAUCUUCUUUAACUGCAUCAAUCUCACAGCAAGGAAUUGAUUCACUUCCAAGAAGUUUGCCAGCACAAAGUGAUGGUCAAGGGACUGGUCAACCACCAUCAAAUAAUGAGAUCAGUUUAAGCAUGGAAUAAGAGUAAUAACUUUUGUUAUGUUGUGUCCGUAAUAAUUUAAGUGAAUUAACUUAAAUAAGUUCCUACUGGCAAUAGUACUGUUGGGCUUCAUUUUGCAUUGAUGGACAUCUUCUUACAUGGUCAAUUCUUGUCUUGUUACGAUUAGUGAUUGUGUUUAAUUGUAUUUAUAAUUUAUCUUUGUUUUAAAUUGUUCAA